GCCAUGGCCAUCAUCAAUGGUUGUCUCUACGUGUUUGGAGGAACAACUGGCUACAUUUACAGCACUGACCUGCAUAAGCUGGACCUCAACACUAGAGAGUGGAUCCAGCUGAAACCCAACAACAUGUCCUGUGACAUGCCAGAGGAGAGGUACAGACAUGAAAUCGCCCAUGAUGGUCAACGGAUUUAUAUCCUGGGAGGUGGAACCUCCUGGACAGCUUAUUCCUUAGAUAAGAUCCACGCCUACAACCUGGAAACCAACACCUGGGAGGAGAUUGCCACAAAACCUCACGAAAAAGUUGGCUUCCCAGCAGGCAGAAGAUGCCACAGCUGCGUUCAGAUAAAAAAUGACGUGUUCGUUUGUGGAGGCUACAAUGGAGAGGUGAUCCUGGGGGACGUGUGGAAGCUGAACCUGCAGACUUUCCAGUGGCUCAGGCUCCCAGCUGCCAUGCCAGAACCCGUGUAUUUCCACUGUGCUGCAGUCACACCAGCCGGCUGCAUGUACGUUCACGGAGGGGUGGUCAACAUCCACGAAAACAAACGGACUGGCUCCCUCUUUAAAAUGUGGCUGGUGGUCCCCAGCCUGCUGGAACUGUCUUGGGAGAAGCUCCUGGAAUAUUUCCCUCACCUAGCAACUCUCUCCAGCUCUCAGCUUUUGCACCUGGGACUGACGCAGGGACUCGCCGAGCGACUAAAAUGA